GCUAUUCCUCUUCUUUGCCUUUGUCUACCUUACAGAGUAGACUCCAUCCGAUUCUUAUUUCCCCUGGAGAUUUUGAUCUAAACAGCUAUCCGAGGGUCAACCGUACAGCAUAUUCGACUAUAUCAUUCUUCACGCAAGAAACAUACCGUCGAAGUGAUUCUGACGAUCUACGUGCAAGCUCAUUCGCGAGAGAAGUUGUCGAUUUCAUUCAGAAUAUGGGUACGCUUAUCGGCCUCGCAGAACAAGACCCUUGCACGGUUGAAAAGGCCUUCAACAAUAUGAUGUUGGCAAAAGGGUCAGGGGCUGAGACAGGUGAGGGAGGAAGUGUUGACAAGGAAUCCAUUCGAGGGAGGCGUGUGGAGUGCAAUUGCCUGUGUUAUGGUCUUUUGGAAGAAAGGGAGAAGGAUAGGGAUCCUUUCCAGUGCGUGUGACGGCCGCCCACUGAGUGUUAUUUCGCAAUUUCAUUCCAGUGACUCGACUUGUUUCCAUCCAUCGACUCACCUCUUCCCCGCUGGUCAAAGCUGUCGCGAAUAACAAUAUCACUCACGAUCCAGCCAUCUCCUUCUACCCUCAAGCAACCUUCAUCGACAACAUCUCGUUGCGGUGUUCCAACACUGAAAGCCGCAUCAACCACCGUUCAGCCGUCAAUAAAUAUACUCGAGGCCAUCGCAGCUUUUGAUACUGAAAAGUCUGCUCUAUUGUCCACGCUCCGGAACCCAGACCGCCAUUGCUGGACAGUUCAACUUGACUCUCUCGAAGCCGUUGCACUAUGACGACAAGAUGCAGAUCGAAAUUCGUUAUUUAAUGUUCUCUGCCUUUCCAGAAGCACACCCAAAGUUUCCUACCCUUUCACAGGACCUCCUCACACCGUUUUACUGCAGAGGAAGUGCGGAGGGACUUGGGAACGCUAGUCGCCCACGAGGAAUCUGGAAACUUCCCGAGGUCUGAUUCGGAUCUCAUUCGUGAAACGUAUACCCUCACGAUACUUCCCUCACUCGCCCUUUUAAGGCACCCAGACCACCUUCCAAUUUGAACAAGACCCCGAAAGACAUGUAUGACAAACGUGUUUAUCCACAACAUCAAGGAAUUCGAUUGUCGAUGGAUGCCUCAAGAUUUGAGGAAGUAUCGGGGUCAAUUUGGACGUGAGAGACCGGUACCGGUGCCGCCUGCAGGCGUUAUGUUCUAAGCGUCGCAGACUUGGUAUAGAAUAUCCUAACGAAGGGUGUCGUAGAUCAUUAUAACCCCAAGUCUUUAUUGUAGUCUCCAUCAAUUCCACCAUUACGGCUCUA